GUGUUACGGGGGUUGGAGUUGUUAAAGGUACUCUUCAAUGCAGUCGCAGCUUCAUAACUUUCUGUUAAAGAGUCAGGGUGGAACUUCAACAAACCAAUCAACCGUUUAAUUUACUAUGGAUUCAGAAUAUUCCGACAGUUUGGACUCUUUCAACUUCACUGAAGAUUUAUACCCUGACAUCUUUGUGAAUAAUUUCACAGAGUUAAACUUACUUCCUGAGAUUCAACCCAUACAGAUAGUGUCUCUGGUCCUCUACGCCCUGGUGGUCCUACUUGGAGUACCUGGUAAUGCGCUGGUUUUGUGGGUGACUGGUUUCUGCAUGAACCGCUCGGUCACCUCUAUUUGGUUCCUGAAUCUGGCGCUGACUGAUCUUUUGUGCUGCCUGUCCCUCCCUCUGCUCAUGGUGCCCCUGGCACAUGAUGACCACUGGCACUUCGGCCCACUAGCCUGCACUCUAGUUAAAGGCCUUUUCUAUUUGGUGAUGUACUGUAGCAUUCUGCAGCUGGUUCUGAUCAGUGUGGAUCGCCUGUUGCUUGUUAAAAAAGCCGUAUGGUGCCAGAACAACAGGCGACCCAAGCAAGCUGCAUGGGCAUGUGUGGCUGUGUGGUGCUUGGCUCUGCUAGGCAGCAUCCCUCAGUUUGUCUACGCCCAGGAGAUUAAAAAAGGGGAACAUAAGAGGGAAUGUGUCCUAGCAUACUCCAAAGAAAGCUCUUGGCCCAUCGUAUCCUUUCGGUUUGUGAUGGGAUUCAUCCUCCCCUUCUUUGUCAUUGUCAUCUGUCACCUGGUUGUCUACAGCACCACCCGGAGGGGACCGUCACGUGGUCGGGCCAGAUCCAAACGAACCCUGAGAGUCAUUGUUGUUGUGGUGCUGAGCUUCUUCUUGUGCUGGCUCCCCUUGCACAUCAUGGACUUUAUCGAACUGGCAACCCCUCUGCAUUCUUUCCACAGUCCAAGAAUCUACCUGGCUCAGGUGCUGGCCGUCUGUCUGGCAUACUUCAACAGCUGCCUCAACCCUCUGAUCUACGUGUGCGUAGGGAAAAGUUUCAAAGACAGCAUGAACCGCUCAAUGCGUCACAUCCUCCACUUUGCUACCGAGGACCCAGCCUCAAGGGGGAGUAUAAACGACACCAAGAGCACCAGCAACGAAAGGGUGACGACCAAAAUCUGAUGGACUUGUGUUUACAACCAACGUACAAUCUUUAAUUCCUAAGGAGAAAAUAUGUGAAUGUUAAUUCUGUGCAAGUUUCUUGGCCAUGAACUUAAAUUCAGUUUGGAAUCAACUCUGAAAUUUAUGCUGUGUUAGUUUUUCAAAGAGACCAUGUAAAACAGAAUAGUUGACCUCUGCAAAGGCAGCUGUUGGGUUGGGUUCCGCCUUAGUGGGUAAUCAGGAUGUCUUGCACAACUUGUGAUGUUCCAACAGUUCCUUUUCAUGUAUUUAAAACUAAAAAAAACAAGGGCCCACUUCUUCUUUUAUAGAAACAUGAUUUUUAUUUAUUUAUUUUAUUUUUUUUUACUUUGUCUUGCUUUCACAUAUUACACUGCUAUCAAAGUAAUUUUUAAAAUAUUAUAUUCUCUCUUCAUGACAUAAAUUUCCCAGUAAAAUUUGUAGGGUGGGCAGUUUUAUUAUUUAAGUUGCUGUUCCUAAUACAAACCACAAGAGGGAGACAUUUUCUAAACGUCUGAAGAUAAAAAGGGUACAUUGCUUGUAUUAUAUUUUAUUUAAUAAAAUGUAGCCCUGAUAAAACU